AUGUGGUUAACUAGAAUCUUAUGCAAGCGACAUAUACCUGGAAGGAUUUAUGGCGGGUAAUUAUACUUUCAUUAACGUGUUUUUUCGGAGAAUAUAACUCUAAUCAAUUAUCUUCUGCUCUCUGAAAACUGUAAACCAUCAAUGAUUGUGAUCAAACUUAAUUAAUUUUCUGAGUCAUCCAUCAGCAAAGAAGGGAUAAGGACCUAUUGGAAAAAUUUGAUCAAGGAAUAACACACAAAAAUGAUUUGGAAAAUGGUUUUGUGAUUGUGCAGUACUUUGUUGUUAAGACGCAGCAAGAUGAUAUGAUCGAAAAUGUUAGCAUUGUACAUGUGCACUAUAGAUGGCGAUUGCGGUGGCAGUGGUGGUGGUGGGGGGGUUGGUUGGGGGUGGUAGGGAUAUGGAAAGCAGUACAUUUAAGAACCUGUGAUAUUGUUUUGGGAGUUUUUGGAAAUUGUUAACAAUAAGUUCAUUUUGAAAAGUAAUGUUGCAAGAAUGGAGUGACUAAUUCUGGACUUUUGGUCUUUUUGCUUGUGGUAUGCACAAUUUAAAGUGGUUCUGUAUGUGCAAGGUUUUUUCAAGCCCUGAUACUCUCUGUGGAGUUAGUGACAGCUAUCAUUGAAUGGAAGCCAUUAUGAGGUCAUGCAGAGCUUGACAGCUAAUUCUUACAAGUCUGUCAUGGAAAAUUAUUAGCAGUGAUGUAAUUGGCUGUCAGACUCUAGCACAAUCCAAAGCUACAAAAAAACUACUGAGUAUUACAGGCAGAAAAACUAACCAAUCACUUUUGGCAAACUAGGCUAAUGACAUUGGAUUGACAAGACUUCUAUUUACAAGGUUUUUUAAAACAUCAGCUACUGUCUCUGAAAACAGUUCUUUACAGUAUUACCUUCAUUCUACAGUGUAUAUUUUCAACUGUUAUAGCUGUACUUCCAUAAUGAAAAUAUAACAGUUACCAAGGUACAGGUUAUUAAUUGCCUUUGCUUAAGUGCUAUGCAAAGAUAAAUGGCAGUGGAAGAUGUGAGGGUCUCUAAAGACAUGGUGAAAGAAUUAAUGUUAAUUUCUUCAUUUUGUUAAAUGUACUUUUCAGGAAGUACCGGCUUGUGAAAAGGGAAACACCAACUGUCAGGCGAACUAAAGUGAAAAAUGAAUUGAGAUUACAAAGAAACGAGAGUCUUCUUGCAGUUCCCUAUUUGACACAGGUAGGUUUAAAACUACCAAGUUUUAAAUCACAAUUUUAAGUAGUCCUCAGAGUUGUCAUUAAAAGCUGGUGUGUGGCUGCAAACCCAUUGGCUGUCAUGAUACUUUAAGCUGGCUACUUCUUGGUUUUUGUUGAAAGACAGAAAAUAAGUAUUUUUGAUGAGGUAACUUGUUAUUCUCAAGCGAGUUGAUAAUGUAAGUUGGCCACUGCUAAGAGUCUCAAAGCUGGCAUUUCAGGCAUUAGUUCUUCAUACUAGUAUUCUAUUUGGUGCAUUUGGAUAAUAGAUUAUUACAACCUUUUUUAACCCUCUGAAAUAUUAUAUGUGUUUCCUUAGAUCUCCACAUCAUGACUGACAAUGCCUUAAAAGCAAUUUGCUUAAUACAUUGUGUCUAUUGCAUGAUGCAUUAUGAGAAGGCACUGUAGGAACUAAGAAUUUGUAGAACAUAUUUCCAUUUUUUUUUUCUAAAUUUUGAAAAGGUUAAGAAAAAUUAUUGUUUUCUAUUUUUCUAUUUUCUUAUAUAGGCACAAGAAUUUGAACAUGCUUGGGAAAGGAAACAAGAAGAACAGAGGAUGUUUAAUGAAGCUUGGCAAAAACACAAAACCAAAAAACUGAAGAAUGUGUAUGCAUUUGGACCUCUAAGUCAAGGGAAAAAGGAAAACAUUAUGGAACACUUAAAUGCUACAAGAACUAAACAUGAAUGA